AGGGAGAGCAUGCGCAAAUCUGCUGACCUCGCCGCGGCCGCGGCCGGGAUGGUGGCGCCCACGCGCUUUUGAGCUGACGCGUGGCCCGAAUCCGCCCUUCCCGUUCCGCCUCGCCGCGGCGACACUGUUACUCAGCUGCCUCCGAGUGCCGCCUCCUCGAUCCAUCUAUAAAACAACGGGAAUCAUCGACGGCCUGACGCAGCGACGCUUGUCUGUACUCCGCUGCAGUACCACUUGGCACUUGCCCCCACGAAGCAGGGGAGGGAGAUGGAGAGGGGGAUGGGGAUGGGGAGGGAGAUGGAGAGGGAGAGGGAGAGGGGGCUGGUUCCGCAGCCGCCGGCGAAGCGCAUGAAGCUGGCGCCGGUGGUGCCGACCCGCGGCGGCGGCGGUGGCCAGGUGCCGUCACCGAGGUGGCGGAGGCUGCGGCAGACCUUGCUCGUGGUGCUGUUCCUGGUGCGAGCGAGGACCACGGUGACGGCCAGCAUCUCCCAAAUCGGUCGCAUGCUUCAGAGAUAUGUGGACCGCACCUUCCAGAAGUAUCAUGGGAUGAUUUCCAGCAAGCUGGAGAGUUUUCAGGAGCAGAUCGAGGGUCUCCGCCACGAAGUGAAACAAUUGUCACGUCUGUGUUCCAAUCGUCAUGCUGAUCAGCACAUAAGACUAGAGGCAAAUCAGGAGCAUAUUGCUGCUAAUGGAUCAAACAAAAACAUGCGACUGUAUUUCAUGAAUGGUUUGGAGCCACCUGUUUACACGGAUGAGAAUUUAACAUCUCAGAACCAUGCAGCUAUCAAAGUUGCCAUGCUUGAAGGUGACAAGAUAGUAAUGUCUGGUGCGCUUUCAAAAGCGAAAAUUGAGAUCUUGGUUCUCCGUGGAGAUUUCUCCAACAAAUGUCAGGACAAUUGGACUGAAGAUGAGUUUGAUAAGCAUAUACUGCAAGGUCGGGACGGGCAUGAUCUUGUGCUGGGGAGUGUAUGGUUAACCAAUGGAAUGGCUGAACUUAGCCAGAUCCGUUUCAGGGAAGGAUCAUCCAGGAAAAACGUCAUCAUGGCAGCAAGAGUUUGCAAGAACAAAAACACUUCUGGUCGGGUUCAGGAAGCCAUCAUGAAGCCUGUGAAAGUUCUCGACCGCAGAAACAAACCAAAUGAGAAGAGGCACCCUCCAAGACUAGAUGAUGACCUAUAUCGCUUAGAGGAGAUUGCCAGGGAUGGAGCUUACCACAAGAGGCUUACGGAGGUGAAAAUCCAUAACGUGGAGGGCUUCUUGAAAGCUUUGAAUGAGGACUCCAACAAGCUUCGUGCGAUCCUCAAGAUGGAAAAACAGCAAAAUGCUUGGUCAAAACUGACUGGGCAUGCUAGGCAGUGUGUUCUCGAUGAUCGGCAAGAACUCAAACAGUACCACAGUAAAGAGGGCAAUGUUGUGCUUUUCUUUAAUUGUGUGCAUGAGCUUGUCGGAGCAGCAUUCCCACAUGAGUAUGUUGCAUGCCAAAGAUUUAACACAGCUCAGAAGGCUUUAGUGAACAAAUGGAGACAGAAUGCAUAUGAAAAACUGAAGGAGCCGAUCUCUUCAAGCACAGAUGUUGCUGCUGCACCUUCUGUUCUAGCAGUGGAUGCAUCACAACAAGUUUUCUCUGCUAAUCAGCUUGCUCCAUAUCAAGACCUCCAAGGGACUGGAGCAGCUGAAUAUUUGGCCCACAAUGAACAUGUGAUGGGAUCAAUUUCCCAAAUUGCACAAUGUGGUCCCAGCAUUCCUAAUUGUCCAAAUACAGGCUAUUACCAAGGAACUGGAACGGCUGAAAACGUGCCCCAGGAUGAGCAUGGGACACUUUACCAAAUUGCAGAUUGUGGUCCCAUUGUUGCCGAUCCUGAUUAUAUAAACACAGGCUAUUCCCAAGACCAAGGAAUUCCACUGCAUGGUCAGCAGGAAGUAAUUUCACCUUGGCCACAAAAUCCCCAAGAUCUGAUGGACUUUGGUUACCCAUUUGAGCCGGUGGCAAUGAACUUCAACAUGUAUGAGGACUCAGGUGCAUCGACCUCUGCUCAACUCAACUUUGGGCCGCAUCACCACCCUCAACCUGGAUCAACCAGCCUUGCUGCUGCACCGCCAUGGAUGGAGCAUGAUCAGGGACCCAGCUGCUCUGGAUAUCCAUGAUCAGGUCACCCCAACGACUUCCAGUAAGCACAGAAGCCCUGGAAAAUAUUUCCUGGUUGUGUGAACUGUUUGUUGUGGUACCAGUAUGUUUGUGUGUCAUGUGCAUAGCCAUUGUUUGUACCAGCUUGCAUGGUGUACAGAUGUAUGUUUUUUUGUGUUUGGCUGUUCGCAAUUGUAGGUCAUGGGUUUGCUAAUCUAAACAAGACUAUGUGUAUUGAAUGACUUUUUUUUCAGUAUAAAUGCCACUGAGUUUUCCCCAGGAAUAUAAUAUUGACU